AUGCAAGCCGUUUCGCACUCACUUACGCCCUCCGUGUUUAGGGAUUCUUCUCACGAGUUCGCCGAGUCUUCUGGAAAGUUCGAACACGAUUUCAUUGCAAAGCUCAAAAUCGACGAACACAAAAACGAAGAAGAGCACAACGAAGGUGAGGUAGAACAACAAAACGAAGACGAAGAAGAGGACGAGGAGGAAUUUAGCUUCAUGCUUGUGAAUUCCGACGGAUCGCCGAUCUCCGCCGACGACGCCUUCGACAACGGCCAGAUUCGUCCGCUGUUUCCUAUUUUCAACCAGGAUCUUCUCUUCUCUGAUGAUUACGAUGGCGGCGUCCACCCUCCGCUAACUCUAUUCGUCGAACAUCCGGAAGAGUCGCUAUUGCCGUCGCCUUCGGCGACGGAAAAACUUACGGCGGCUCCGCCGCCGGAGGGAUCGUACUGCGAAUGGAAUCCAAAGUCUGCAGUGAAGAGCAACUCCACGGGAUUCUCGAAGCUGUGGAGAUUCCGCGACGUGAAACUGUGA